AAAGGCUGGCAUUUCGGCGUUAAUCUUCUCGUACCUUAUUUUCUUUGUAUUUUUUCCCUUAAAAUAGAAUAAAUUUCGUCUUUUCUGCCAUUUAUUCAGUUUGCUCUUGGAGAAAAAAAGCUCUUUUGUUUUCUGUGGUACAAAAGUAUCCUUCUUCUUCUUCUUCCUCCUCCUCCUCUUCCUCUUCCUCUUCUGAUUCUUGGUGUCUGGCGCGAAAAGUUCCUCUCUUACAUCUUCUGCUCGUUGUCCGAAAGCAUCCUGACAUAAUAAAGAUGCCAGUGGCAUUGCUUCUGCUACUGGCAUUGACACUGAGCAGUCUGAUUCCGAUUCAGGCGAGAGAUUCCGGAGCCGGAAACGUCUGUGAUCUUAGCCGGAGACCGGACACGAGACCACACAGUGUCUCGAUUUCCGAGUUCGGUGCUGUCGGAGAUGGCAAAACGCUCAACACACUCGCCUUUCAGAAUGCAAUUUUCUAUCUCAAGUCAUUCGCCGACAAAGGCGGGGCUCAGCUCUACGUCCCGCCCGGACGCUGGCUCACCGGAAGCUUCAACCUCACCAGUCAUCUCACCCUCUUCCUCGAGAAAGGCGCCUUGAUUCUUGCGCCACAGGAUCCGUCACAUUGGGAAGUUGUUGAUCCGUUGCCCUCGUAUGGACGGGGAAUCGAUGUGCCCGGGAAGAGAUACAGGAGUUUGAUAAACGGUUAUAUGUUACAUGAUGUUGUGGUAACAGGUGACAAUGGUACUAUAGAUGGUCAAGGCUCUGUUUGGUGGGAUCAAUUCAAUUCUCAUUCCUUGAAGUAUAGCCGGCCUCACCUCGUGGAAUUUGUUUCGUCUGAAAGCGUGAUUGUCUCGAAUCUUACGUUCUUGAAUGCUCCAGCUUAUGCCAUCCACUCGGUUUAUUGCAGUCAUGUUCAUGUUCAGAAGGUAUCGGUCCGUUCAUCCCUGGAAUCUCCUUAUACAGUUGGUGUUGUCCCAGAUUCUUCUGAUAAUGUCUGCAUCGAGAACUCCAGCAUCAACACGGGUUAUGACGCCAUUUCCCUCAAGAGUGGAUGGGACGAAUACGGUAUCUCUUACUCGAGGUCAACCUCAAACGUCCACAUAAGAAACGUCUACCUCCGAGCAGCUUCCGGGUCGUCAAUUUCGUUUGGCAGUGAGAUGUCGGGCGGAAUAUCGGAUGUCGCGGUGGAUGACGCCCACAUUCACAACUCGUUGACCGGUAUCGCAAUCAGAACCACAAAGGGCAGAGGAGGUUACAUCAAAGAGGUUGUGAUUUCCAACACGGAGAUGGAAUCUGUCGGCACCGCGUUUGUCGCCAACGGCAGCUUUGGAUCUCACCCGGAUGCCGAAUUCGACGUGAACGCCCUCUCUCUGGUCAGCCACAUCAGAUUCCAAGACAUCGUCGGACAGAACAUAAGCCUUGCCGGGAAGUUGUUUGGGAUUCGAGAAUCUCCCUUCACCUCGGUAUUCUUAUCCAACGUCUCCUUAUCGAUGAGCUCUGCUUCUGCGGUUCCAUGGCUGUGUUCCCAUGUCCAAGGAGCUUCAGAAUCAGUUGUUCCAGAACCUUGCCCUGAGCUCAUCAACACUGGAGCCACUGCAGUGUUAUGAAUCUGAGCCACACAAAAAAAAAAAAAAAAAGGAAUCGACUUUUCUCCUCGCAGGAUUCUUUCGGUGAUUCAUUCGUCAUUCAUCAUUGUCAAAAGGGUGGUAGCCAGGUGAGAUUCUUUCCCUUCCAAAAAAAAAAAAACAUAAACAGAAUACAUGGUGGGGGGUGGGGGAGUUCAUGUUGUGUUUUUUGCAGCUUGUAUGAUAAUAUAAUAUCUGUACAGGUUCAUUUCUUCAUUCAUGUGUAAGCAAAAAAAAAAAAAGAGAAGGAAAUUUUGUACCCAUGGCAUAAAGGGGAAAAAUAAUAGAAUGGAAAGAUCCUA